AUGCCUGCACAAGUCUGUACAAUAAAGCGGGAUUCCUUCACAAGUCGGUUCAAGAUGACGGGCUCAAAGAAUAAAAGUGCUCGGUCUAAAUUUGGAUGGUUUGGUUUGAGCGCUAGUGUAUUGACCAGCUCCGAGUCUGCAAGUGGCGAUGAACACCAGAAAGAGAUUAAGUCUACGCAUCAAGUCUCAUCCCUGCAUCAUGGAACUCCCCCUCGCCUCGAGGCCUCCCUCCAUCAUCCCUCGCACAAGACCUCCUGUUCUCCCUCGGUCAGCAGGAACUCAGUCAAGAGUGGACACUCACUGUUCAAGAUGGCGUGCGAUAAGCGCGCUCGCAAGGUCAGAUUCUACCGCAACGGGGACCGCUUCUUCAAAGGUAUGGUGUUAGCGGUGUCCACCCAUCGGUUUCGGACAUUUGAGAGCUUGCUGACCGCUCUGACGUCAUCUCCAAUCUGUAACAGCAAAGUUAUGCCCAAUGGUGUCCGCUGCAUAUUUACCCUGAAAGGUGCUCGCGUGGAGUCGCUGGACGAGCUUCAGCAUGGGCGUAGCUACGUGUGCUCCUCCACAGACGUGUUCCGGUGCCUGGACUACAGCAGCAAUGAGGAUCCGGUGUGGAACGCCCAUGUGCUGUCACACAAUGAGUCCAACCAUGCGUGUUCAAAGUCUCACAGGCGAGAUCGACUCCGGGAGGAGCACAGGACGCAAGAUUGUGAAACGUACUCGACAUCAUCAGCGCAGAGUCAGUCCAGGCCUCACAGUGCUCGGGGGGAGAAAUCGAGGGGUGCCAGGUCAAAGUCCACGAAGAGUGAGAUGUGCGCCUCAGAGCGGAAGGUUUAUGAGGAGUACCAGAGAUCAUUCGUGACCCCGCGGCUCAUCACUGUGGUCAGGAACGGCAGAAGGCCCAGGAGAGCCUUCAGGUUGCUGCUCAACAAGAAAACAGCCCAGACCUUUGAUCAAGUGAUGGCUGACAUCACGGAGCUCAUUAAGCUGGACUGUGGUCGGGUGAGCAAGAUUUUCACCAUGUCGGGUCAACAGGUGAUGUGUUUGGCGGAUUUCUUCCAGAAAGAAACGUUGUUUCUAGCCUGUGGAACCGAGAAGCUGGCCACGCAAGAUCUGACACUGGACAAACAGGAACUCCGUCUCAUCAGAUCAUACCAGCCGUACAACGGUAAAGCCAAGGAGAGGCACGGACUCAGACGGUUGGAGCACUGUCCGCGGAAAUCUUCCGGCAGGGAUUGUCACAGAUCCGAGCAUCUUCAUGGACAGUGCCCCAACGUAGAGAGGGACAUCAAGACAGUCAAUAAAGACAACAUCG